AUGGAGCAUAUAAAGCUGACGACAAGCUUUUCCAACAGCUGCUUCUACGACGAAAACAAGCAGAUACGCUUCGAUCCUCCGGUUUACGAGCAGCGAUACUCGGCCAUUAUAAGCCUGCUCGAGCUGGAUCAUUGGAAGGAUUCAUUUAAGAAGAUCGUCGAAUUUGGCUGCGCCGAAAUGAAAUUCUUUCGACUGUUGCGUUCACUGCCAGCCGUAGAGAAGAUACUAGAGGUUGAUAUUGAUGACAAAAUUUUACAACAAUGUCGUAACCUGGUACGGCCACUGCUUAACGAUCACCUGUCACCAUCGGUCAAACCGCUCACCGUAGAAGUCUGGCGUGGAAACAUUGCCGAACCUCACGAAUGUCUCGAAGGAACGGAUGUGGUCAUUGGAAUCGAAAUCAUCGAACAUUUGCACCAGCCAAUCCUGGACAAGGUGCCGGAUAAUGUGUUUGGAUUCAUCAAACCGAAGGUAGCAUUCUUCUCCACACCGAACGCCGAUUACAACGUGCUGUUUGAUGGUUUGCUUGAGAACGGGUUCCGCCAUCCUGAUCACAAGUUCGAGUGGACUCGGCGACAGUUUGAAGAAUGGGCCGAAUCGAUCUGUCAACGGUAUCCCGAUUACUGUGCAAAGUAUUUCGGCAUUGGUCCUGCUCCUGUGGGUUCGGAGUCGGUUGGAUGUGUGAGCCAGUUAGCCGUUUUUGUGCGACGCGAUUUUCUGGCCACUUUGCCACAGCCAGUAGAAUCAUUAGAAUCUACAGCGAAGGAGGAGAUAACAGUUCCUGACGAAUCGUUCGGGGUUGAUCAACGAUCAGUGGGCGAUAGUGCAGUGGCCGCACGCCCGCACGCGAUAUAUCUGGAAGAAAAUGGAGAAAUAGUUUUGAUUCAACCACCAACGGAUGAAGCCGCCUCAGAGUCACAGGCCAGCGGAGAACCUGCUGUUGGUGGGGGUCAGCUUUUCGAGGACGAUAUCGUGGCUGAAGAGCGUCUGAGGGAUGAUGAUGACUAUGAUGGGUAUGGUGACGACGGGGACUAUGAGGAUAAUGAUGACAUGAUCGAUAUGUACAUUCCGGAAGAGGUAGUUCGUGAAAUGCGUACCCGAAACGAUAGCGGUAACUUCGAGGAGGAAGAACUGAUCGAACCGGAGCGUGAGUAUUGGUUGAUAGCGAAUGAAGUGUACCCGGUAGCAGCACCCGACAAUCGAACGCGCGAACAACACAUUAAAGAUGCGGCCGAAUAUCAGCUUCGACGGCUGCGUAACUUUGGGGAAGAUUUUCUAUCACCGGAGCAGGAUCGCUAUCUUAUACCGCUGCAGACCGUACAUGAUUGUAUGAAUAUGCAGGUGGCAAUUGACGAGGUGCGACAAGCAUUAUCACGGGUGGGAUAUAAUGUUGGAGCGGAUGAUAUCGUUGUUUUGCCACUUGAAGAUGAGGACGACGGCAGUGGCGACGAUUCGGAUGAGGAUCGGUUCUACGAUUAUACGGAUUAUGAUGACCGGUAUCCGACAUGGGAUGAUAAUGAAGCAGCAAAGGCAAGUCAAGGAGUGGUGGCCAUGACGCUGGAGGAUUGUGAUGAGAUCUGGGACUGA